CUUGAAUUGCAACCUGCACCUGGCGCGACUUUCUCCAGAGAAGUUGAUCUAACGAGCGACAUUUGAAAAGUAACUUUAACUGAAUACCAAAAAAAGGCCAAAAUGAGCAAAAUUUCUAAAUUGUUCAAGGGAAGCUCAAGUUCGAGCUCUUCUAGCCACUAUCCAAGCUCUUCGAAGUCGAAACAUGGCCAUCGGUCUCGGACAGGACCUACCCCGCAGGAGGCCAUUCACAAACUUCGAGAAACAGAGGCGAUGCUGGCGAAAAAACAGGACUUCUUGGAAAAUAAAAUUGAACAAGAAAUUAUAAUAGCAAAGAAGAAUGGCCUCAAGAAUAAACGUGCGGCCCUCCAGGCACUGAAGAGGAAGAAGCGCUUUGAGCAGCAGCUCACCCAGAUUGAUGGGACCCUCUCCACCAUCGAGUUCCAAAGGGAGGCUUUGGAGAAUGCCAACACCAACACUGAGGUCCUGAAGACCAUGGGCUACGCUGCCAAGGCCAUCAAGGGGGUCCACCAGAACAUGGAUCUGGAUAAAAUUGACUCUCUGAUGCAGGACAUCACUGAGUCGCAGGAAGUGGCCCAGGAGAUCUGUGAUGCUAUCUCCCGACCUUUCGGAGAUGCAUUUGAUGAGGAUGAGCUGUUAGCAGAGCUGGCAGAAUUGGAGCUGGAGGAGAGCAUGACGAACAUGGGCAGAGUGCCCAGUGUGCCCGCCUCCAAACUGCCCACCUCCAAGCUGCCCUCAACUCGACCCAGCCAGCGCACUCCGUCCAAGAAGAGGGUAGAGGAUGAUGAAGACAUGCAGAUGCUGGCAGCUUGGGCUGUGUAACUAACACACACCAGACUCAAUGUACGAAGGUUAAUUUGAAUGUUUUUAUCUUUUUGUUCUAAUAAGUUUCUUAGGGAAGAGCCAAUGAUCUCUAUUCUGUUGGCUUGUUUUUAUGCGUGUUGUACAAAUAUGGAAGUGAAGUAUUGGAAUGUGAGCUCUGACUAGGUGAUUUUUAUUACUGCUAUAUUACACUAUUUUCUGUCAAUGAAGGAUACAGUCGCUAGUGAAAGUCUACACACUUCUCUUCACAUUUAGCUUCCUUAAAAUUAAAGGGAUAGUUCACCUAUUUUAAAACAGUGCCAGGGAAACUAAACCAAAGCAUGGAUUGCUGUCAUACUUUGUCCAUAGACCGCUUACUGAGUAAGGAAACCAAUAACAUUUUAGCAUUUGUUGCACAAUUCCUAUUUAAGUCAUGGUACUGAUAUUCAAUAUUUUCAUAUCAUCUAUACUGAACAAAAAAUUCAGACAAUCCCGCAGGUGAAGAAGCCAGAUGUGGAGGUUCUGGGCUAGUGU